AUGGAAGCUGUCAGUGAACGGAAUGUACUGAGCGAAGUGUUGCCGAUAAUAGCAGUGGAGAAGUACCUUUCCCCACACACUAAAGCUGUUUCAGUAUUUUUGCGACCACGUUGCUGCUCAUCCACAACGUUGGGCCUCGCUCACGCUUUUAGCAUCCAGCUCGCCUAUGAGGAGGUUCCUCACAACGACAUCGUCGUGCUCCCUCAGCAACGAACGUGCGGAUUCGAUGGGUCCUAG